AUGGUUACCCGCCGCAGCAGGCCGCGGGCUACGGCUACCCGUCCCCGCCGCCGCAGCAGGUCGGGUACGGGUACGGCUACCCGCCACCGCAGGCCGCCGGCUACGGGUACCGGCCUGCUCGGAGGCGCCGUCGGGGGCCUCCUGAUCGACGACAUGAUCUCCCUGCAAGGAGUAUCAUCCAUGGAAGUGACAAAAGAAUUUGAUCCACAAAAUCUCUUGGAGCUGUUCUCCAUCUUUGCUAUCAAUUUGAGCAGUCCAACCAAGGAUGUUCAGAUUUUAACAUUGAGGAUUCUAUCAUAUUUUGUGAAGAUGGAUCAACGUCUAAUAACGGAUGAGGAGCGACCACACAAGAGGCAGAGAACAGAAGUUUCUGGAGAGGAAGCUGUUGCUAAAUACGCUAAUGUUGUGGAUAUUCUUUUGAUUAUUGAGUCAAUGCCAAUUUCAGUAUCUACUAGCCGUAAAAUUUCUAUCUUCAUUUCUCGGAUACAAAUGAGUUUAUCUUCCAAGAUGGUUCAUGAUGAUUACAUGCCUCCUCUCUUACAUGGUAUUAUUGGCAUAUUGUACAAUAUAUUUAGUGAUCUAUGGCCACAAACACUGGAUUGCCUUGCUGUUCUCAUUAGAAAACACAAGGAGCUUGUUUGGGGUCAGUUUGUUCUGUUCAUUGCAACUCACCAAUCAAAAGGACUGACUGUGAAAAAUCAGGAGAAGCUGGAAGCUGCAACCCAACCACAGUCUAUUUUUGACUGCUUCAACGGGGGCGAUGUCGGUGAGGCCGAGGCGGGAGAGGCCAAGUCCUGCCGGGCCGCACCCGGACCCGAGCUCCACGGCCCGAGUUCCCGGGAAGCGGGGCACGUCGGCAAAGGGGAGGGCCGGGUCGCGGAUGCAGCGCUCGACGAACUUGACGAGGACCAGGGACGAGGGCCACACAGAGGUGCCCACCUCGAAGGAGUCGUUGUCCUGCUCGAACAUCAGCACCGCGCCGCCGACCGGAAGCUCCACCACCGGAGACGCUGUGAACCGCAUCUCCGCCGGCGGCCCGUGAAGACACUGAAGCAAAGCGACCAGAAAAGACAACCAACUGCGAACCCCAGGUACACCUGCACAGGAAGUACAGAACCCACCCCCAUGGCUAGCAUAUAA